GUCCCGGUCGGGCUGCGGCUGAGCGAGCCGGGCCAGCUCUGCAGAAGGCGGCGGCUGGCUGGCCGGGACGGUCACAUCCCGCUGCAGGGGCCGGCGGAGCAGCCGCACUGCCUUCCGCACCGGGACUCAGGCCAGCGGCCAGGCCGCGCCGGCACCGCCCCCUGCUCAGGGACAGACUGCGCGGCCCGUCCGAGCUCUGGGGGCCCCCCGCAGCCCCGCGGCCCGCUCCCGCUACGCCUCCGCCUGCCCUCUGCCCGCAGCUCGGUCCCGCGCUGCCCGCCGCGCCGGGCCUGCGCCGGGAUGGGGUAGGGGCAGCGCCACGGAGUCGGGCGAUGGGCCGCCCUCUGGGCACCGUGCAGCCCCGCGAGGCCUGACCGACCGCGAGGACCGGCGGAGGAGCCCCGCCUGGAUGUUAAGCGGAAGCCCCAGUGCCUCCCAGCGGACUCGGUGGGGACCAUGGCUUCGCUGAUGCCCCUAUCCCCAUAUUUAAGCCCCACGGUCCUCCUGCUGGUCAGUUGUGACCUGGGCUUUGUGCGAGCAGACCGGCCUCCCUCUCCUGUGAAUGUGACAGUCACUCACCUCAGAGCCAACUCGGCCACUGUGUCCUGGGACGUCCCAGAAGGCAACAUCGUCAUUGGCUACUCCAUUUCCCAGCAACGACAGAAUGGCCCUGGGCAGCGUGUGAUCCGGGAGGUGAACACCACCACGCGGGCCUGUGCCCUCUGGGGCCUGGCCGAAGACAGCGACUACACAGUGCAGGUCAGGAGCAUCGGCCUUCGGGGAGAGAGCCCCCCAGGGCCUCGGGUGCACUUCCGAACUCUCAAGGGUUCUGACCGGCUACCCUCAAACAGCUCAAGCCCAGGUGACAUCACAGUGGAGGGUCUGGAUGGAGAGCGACCACUGCAGACGGGGGAAGUGGUCAUCAUUGUGGUGGUGUUGCUCAUGUGGGCCGAAAAAGUCAUCAUCCAUCAACACCAUCGAUGUAUGAGUGAAGAAACAGAACGAGAAAACAGAUGCACUAACACCCUGGGGAUGGGGAUAGGGUCAGGGAGUGCCUCAGAUGGUGAUCUGCCCAGGACUGAAGGAUCCCACAGUUUCCUAGAGGGUAAUGACACUCCCACAAUCUCAGGCCUGGUACCCGUCCUCUUUCCACUGUGAGCAGGGCCAGAAGGUAGGUCUCUUAGGGUCUGUGCCCCUGGACCUGGGGAAUGGCUAUCAGAUAGGAUAUGUCCUUCCAUCCCCCAGGUCCAGGGGAGAGUCACUUGUUCAACCAUAUCCCACUAGGUCUCAAAUGGGGCCCCCAUUCCACCUGCAUCAGGACUCUUGGCAUCCCCAGCUGCCCCCACAUCUUGCCUCUGGGUCUCAGAGAGGGGUGUUUCUUUGGCUACUUCCCCUCCCCCCAGCAAUUAAAAGGAAUUGUCUGGGUCUGGAGGCAGAUGCUGCACUGCACUACUCCAGUGUCUUCCAUGGAGCCUCAGGUGCUCCCCCUCUCACCUGGUAGCCCCUCCAGCUGCUGGUGAUCUCACCCCUUGGACAUUUUUCCAAUAAAGGUUCUUGGACAAACUGAA